GGUGGUUCCGCAUAGCGCGGGGCGCAGGUGCUUGCCGCAGGGGAGCCCAGGGUGGGGGGGCGGUCCCAGCGAAGUCCCCGCGAUGUCCCCGUAGGGUCCCCGCAGGUGCCUGGCCCGUGUUGCUGGCCGCGGCCUGCCCGAGUGUAUCCCCUGUACCAGCUGGGCGGCCCCCAACUCCGUGUGUUCCGAACCAACUUCUUCAUUCAGCUGGUGCGGCCUGGCACUGUGCAGCCAGAGGACACUGUGCAAUUCCGGAUCCCCAUGGAGAUGACCAGGGUGGACCUCAGGAAUUAUCUUGAGCGCAUCUACAAUGUACCGGUGGCUGCUGUCCGGACCCGGGUGCAGCAUGGUUCCAACAGGAAGAGGGACCACAGAAACGUGAGGAUCAAGAAGCCGGACUACAAGGUGGCCUACGUGCAGCUGGUCCUAAGGCAGAGGGGAAGCCGAGGAAACCAGGCCCCCUGGAAGGGAGCCCUGAGCAGCCAUCAUCUGGACUCCUGUCAGGAAGUCGGCUCUGCAGACAGGAAGGCAGCUGCCACCCAGCCCCAGCCAGGCCACAGCUGGGGUCCGGGCAUGUCGAGAGGCCCAGGCAUGCCACAGCCUCCUGGGAGAGCAGAGAAAGGUGGUCCCUGGGAACCUUGCCUGUGUCCCACCAGCUUGCCACGGCCAAAGCUGGAGACCAAGAGGCCCCAGCUCACAGGACGCCCCGUGGGGAUGCCCAGGCCACCUGCAGAGCAGCCAGCUCCUUGCACAGGAAAGCAACCUUCUCAGCAUCUGCACCCCCACCCCCAGCCUGUCUGAGAUCAGCCCCGGCACCAAUCCCCCCAAAUCACUUCAUUAUUUCUUUGUAAAUAGUGUUUUUCUUAGUCAAAAUAAUCAGGUUUUUUGUUGUUGCUGCUA